AUGAAUGGAAUAUGGAGCUUUAAAUUUCUUGAGAUUGAAGCUCGAACUAUUCUUUCCAUACCACUUUCACGAAGUGGAGGACAAGAUAAGUUGAUAUGGCACUAUCAUAAAAGUGGAAGAUUUACCGUUAAAUCCGGCUAUUGGGUUGCUGCUCAAGAAAAAUCACGGAAGGCGGGAUUGAUUGCUUCAAGUAGUAAUAUGGAUGGGAGGGGUGGGUACAGCACGGGUUGGCGGAGGCUUUGGGGUUUACAACUCCCCAACAAAAUUAAGGUGUUUCUUCGGAGGGCAUGCAUUGGGUUUCUCCCUUGUGCUGCGGUGUUGAGACAAAGAAGAGUGUGCAACAGUGCAAUGUGUGGGGCUUGUGGGUUUAGAGAUGAAUCUGUUCUUCAUGCUUUGUGGGAGUGUACAGUGGCUCGUCAAGUUUGGAAGUGUACUUUUUUGGCUGAGUGGGAUGUUUAUUUAAGAAGUUGCGUUGGUCAAGAGGAGAAGAAUGAAUUGGCUAGUAGGCGUGAUGUAGGUUCACAUGUGCAGCAGACUAUUAGAUGGAGGUGUCCAAGGCCAGGAGCAAUUAAAUUGAAUGUAGAUAGAGCUUUGAAGAUUGGACAGGGGACUUUUGGCACUGGCGCAGUGUGCAGAGAUGAAGCGAGGACCUGUAUUGGUGUUUUGGCUGUUCCAGGGAAAGGUUAUCUAAGUCCACAAACAUGUGAGUUCCUGGCUUUAAUUAAUGGAUUGCACUUCUCCCAUUUAGAGAUUGAAGGCGAUGCGCAGAACAUCUUCGCGGCGCUUGCAUCUAACCAGGAGGAUCUUAGUUCGGAGGGGGCUUUGGUAGAUGAAGCCAAGCCUAUUAUCGGAUUUAAAUCAAGAGAAGGUUUUGGGAAAGCCACCAUUCCUAAAUCAAGAGAAGGUUUUGGGACCUACAUGCUAGCUGUGAGUUCAUGA